CAAACAGAAGAAAAAGCCACACAUGACAUGUGAGAAAAACAAGAGUGCUACUGAAGGACUUUGGUUCCCUAAACGUUGAUAUCAUCUAAUAAAAUCAUGAUAUCGCAGGAACACAUGUGCGCGUCGUCUUUCUGUGACGCGUCAAAACAAGAGUGAUUUGCAUGUGACAACCGCAGUAAGAGAUUCUGAAACAUUUAAUUUUAACAAAAAAGUUUUAUCAUGACUCUCAGCGUGACUUUCGGGUGUUGUAGUAAAGUUCGUCUGUUUGGUAAUAAGGCGACUGCCGACCUUUGCAGAAAACUGUCAGAUGCUCCCAUCUCAUCUGAUGAAACUCAGUCCAGCACUGAUGAGAAGCCCAGGAGAACACGGAGAGCUCCGGGGAGCGCGUCUGUUCUUCUCUUCCCCGGCCAGGGCAGUCAGUUUGUCGGUAUGGGAAAGGGACUGUUGAAGUAUGGAAAUGUCAAAGAGAUGUUUGCUGUAGCUCAGAAGGUGCUUGGUUAUGACCUGCUGUCUCUCUGCUUGAAUGGACCCGAGAAAGAUCUGAUGAAGACUGUUCAUUGCCAGCCAGCUGUGUUUGUGUGCUCGCUGGCUGCUGUGGAAAGACUCAACCAUGAAAAUCCUGCUGCUAUUGAGAGCUGUGUGACUGCAGCAGGAUUCAGUGUUGGUGAAUUUGCUUCUUUGGUCUUCUCUGGUGCAAUGAACUUCGCUGAAGCUUUGUUUGCAGUAAAGGUGAGGGCAGAAGCAAUGCAGAAGGCCUCCGACCAAGUACCUAGUGGCAUGUUGUCUGUGAUUGGCCGACCUCAGGCCAACUACAAAUACGCCUGCGUCCAAGCUAGGGAGCACUGUUUGUCUCUUGGUAUCCAAGAGCCUGUGUGUGCCAUUGCCAACUACCUUUUUCCGGAUGGGAGAGUAAUAGCUGGCCACAAAGAGGCUUUGGAUUUCCUUCAAAGCCAUUCCAGAGAGCUGAAAUUCAUGAGAACGCGACUACUGCCGGUUAGCGGGGCCUUUCACACCGCACUGAUGGAGCCAGCGGUCGAGCCUCUAAAAGACGUCCUCAGACAGAUAGAGGUACGGCGGCCCGAGAUCUCCGUGCACUCCAAUGUGGACGGCAAGCGGUACAUGCAUGACAAGCACGUACGGAAUCAGCUGGCCAAACAGCUGGUGUCUCCGGUGAAAUGGGAGCAGACGCUGCAUGAGAUUUAUGAAAGAGGCCAGGGGCAGGAGUUUCCUCACACCUAUGAGGUGGGACCUGGUAGACAUUUGGGUUCAACGCUACAGAAGUGCAAUAUGAAGGCCUUUAAGAACUAUACGCAUGUAGAUGUUGCAUUGACAGAGGAUUGAUCAGUGAUGUGCAGUAAAUCUGUUACAUUUGGUUUUCUUCUUGCUGAUAAAUACAAAAAAGCCAAA